AUGAUGAACGGCGUUUCAGGCAAACUCGACGGCGACUCGCGACAACGCGUCAAGCCGAAGCUCAGCAUUGGCGUUGAUGGCCUCAGGAGUGCGGCUCUCAGAGCAAUUACAAUCGACACAACACCCUCACCGGCAGUCGAAACAGUGGUUAACAACGACAGGGACGGCGUGGAGGAGGAGAGGUCAUCAUCGCCUUCUUCGGCGUCCAGCUCUCCUCUCGAAGAUGCACUCAGCAUUGGCUCGGACUCGGAGUACUCAGACGACAUUAACAAAAAUCUUCAAAUGCUCGAGAAAUUACGCAGGAAUGUGCACAAAAAUCUACGCCUACGGCCCUUGCGCUCGUCGGCUGAAGGUCUGGAUAGUUCCAGCCCUCCGAGGACGGAGGCUGUGUUCGACAGCACGGAGCAUCAGCACCGCUCAGACAGUCCCGCCCUCACGGACUCGCCUGCGCCUUCGCCGGCUCUAAGUGUGUACUACACGCCGACGACGGAGUUCCGUGCAUCCCCAUUAAGCGCACGCUUCAUUGGAAAUUACAACGACUCCGACUCGACAAAUACCACUCCCGUUUCCGUUGCGCGCCAUCAUGCGCCUCACCUAGGGACGACGCCCAGGCCGUCCAGUAGCACAACAACGACACCCUUGUCGUCCCCACCACUUCAGGGCAUGGAUGCCGACUCCCUGUUCGACCGACUGGCUGCAUCAAAACGGCCCUUGCUAAUUGACACCCGGCCGCUCGCAUCAUAUCUAUCUUGCCGGCUCCAGCACAGCCUCAACAUAGCCAUCCCCUCCCUCAUCCUCAGACGGCGGAAAAAGUCAGCCGCAGGCCUCCCGUCGCUCGAGGCGCUUCGCACGUACAUAACAACCGAUGCCGGCAAGCGCUUGUGGGACGACUGGAUCAGCGGAAACGGAGCCUGGACCGGAGACGUCGUGGUAUAUGACGAGGAGAUGGACGAACACAAUCGAGAUAAUCUUCAGGCCCUAUCCUGGGCGAUGUUAUCACUUUUACAGCCCCUUAUUGGCAAUGCAGCCGUCCAUUUCCUCAAAGGGGGUAUAGCCGCGGCGCGUGCCCACCCGGAGUCCCAUCAGUAUAUCAUCGCGGGGGAACAGGACGAGCCAGCCGAGUCGCGUACAGACUCUCGCCCAAGCGACGGGUCCUCCCAACACCAAGGCAAAGGCGGUCUGUUUCAGCUAGAUACACAGGCGGCUGCCCGCUCAAAAACCAUGCCUCAAGUCGAACCUCCGAGCUCGUCCCCCGGACCCCUCACUUCUUCUUCCAACCACAACAUGUUAUGCGAUCUUUCUCCUUCACCUUCUCCUUCCACCUCUUCCUUCCCGCACAAUGCAAAGCCUCGGAAGUGUAGCAUACCCAACCUUCGACGCAUUGAUACAUCUUCUGCGGAACGUCUCAUUCCGAAGCUGACAGUACGGACGGUACCUCUUAAAUCGAACACGUUGGCUGCGCCGAUGUCGAUGAGCAGGCAUUCAUCUUCCUCUUCCCUUCGUUCAAAUUCACCUUCGCACCUUAACCUUUCGUCAUCGAAAAAUGGCCAAUCGAGAAGUCGGUCUCCGCCUAGUAGGAAUAGUUCAAUCGAAUGUCUUUCGACCAACGUUCCUCCCCCCGAUUCCCUCACACCCCGAACUCCGAAUACUCCGAUGGGCUUCCCUGCAUCGCCAGCGACUGCCCGUCCUGAUUAUGACCAGCCACCCUCAACGGAGGAUCCCUUACCGGUGUUCAGCAUUUCGAUGAUUCUGCCGAACUUCCUAUACUUGGGGCCCGAACCCUCUUGCGAUGAGCAUGUGGAGGAACUCCAGUCAUUAGGGGUGAAGCGCAUCCUGAAUGUCGCAAUAGAAUGUGAUGAUGAUCAAGGGCUGCGGUUACGAGAGAAAUUCGAGCGAUAUACCCGCAUACCUAUGCGAGAUAUUGUUGAGGAGGAAAAUGUUGCUCGUAGUGUUCGGGAGGUUUGCGACGCUCUUGACGACGCCCGAUUACAUUCCGCCCCAACAUACGUACAUUGCAAAGCCGGGAAAUCGCGUUCCGUAACAGCAGUCAUCGCCUACCUAAUCCACGCCAACCACUGGACUCUUUCACGUGCCUACGCCUUCGUGACAGAACGACGAAAGGGUAUAUCCCCAAACAUCGGAUUCGUUUCGGAACUCAUGACCUUCGAGGAACAAGAACUCGGAGGCAAGUCCGUCGGAGUAGUGAACCCUGCAUCCGCUGUCGGCGGCGGUGUAGGUGGCGAAGGAGGAGUACACAACCACCACCCGGGACUCCACAGUGCUAUAGGCCUCAGCAUGAGUAAACCAAGUAAUUUCGGGUAUGGUGCCGGAGUGAGAGGGCGAGCGGCGAAUUUGCGGGAAAGUUUACCUCCGUUGGUGGCGAGUCAUCCGAACUCGGAGAUGAUGAUGGUCGUUCCCGGGCAGUUAUCCGCUGGUGGGAUUGCUGGUGGUGGACCUGGAGGAACGGGUAAUAUGGCGAUGAACGCUGCGAGGGUGGGUGAUUCGGGACAGGAGAUGGAGAUUAAGGAUGCGAGUGGGAGGUAUCGACAUGCGCGUCGGGCACCUGUGGAUGAGAAUACUCUGCAACCGAUGCGUCGUGUGAGCAAGGCCGGAUUGGAGAGCUCGAUAUACUCGUUUGCUGAUGUUUGA